AUGUCACUCUUUCUUUCUUUCUUUCUUUCUUUCUUUCUUUCUUUCUUUCUCAGUAUGUUCGUUCGUUCUUUCUUUCUUUCUUUCUUUCUUUCUCAAUAUGUUCAUUCUUUCUUUCUUUCUUUCUUUCUUUCUCAGUAUGUUCAUUCAUUCUUUCUUUCUUUCUCAAUAUGUUCAUUCAUUCAUUCAUUCCUUCUUUCUCAAUAUGUUCAUUCAUUCAUUCAUUUUCUUUCUUUCUUUCUUUCAUUCUUUCUUUCUUUCAUUCUUUCUUUUCUUUCUCAAUAUGUUCAUUCAUUCAUUUUUUCUCAAUAUGUUUAUUCAUUCAUUCAUUUUUCUUUCUUUCUUUCUUUCUUUCUUUUCUUUCAUUUUCUUUUCUUUCUUUCUCAAUAUGUUCAUUCAUUCAUUCAUUCAUUCAUUCCUUCUUUCUCAAUAUGUUCAUUCAUUCAUUCAUUUUCUUUCUUUCUUUCUUUCAUUCUUUCUUUUUUCUCAAUAUGUUCAUUCAUUCAUUCUUUUCUCAAUAUGUUUUUUCAUUCAUUCAUUUUCUUUUUUCUUUCUUUUCUUUCUUUCUUUCUUUCAUUCUUUCUUUCUUUCUCAAUAUGUUCAUUCAUUCAUUCUUUCUCAAUAUGUUCAUUCAUUCAUUCAUUUUCUUUCUUUCUUUCUUUCUUUCUUUCUUUCUUUCAUUCUUUCUUUCUUUCUCAAUAUGUUCAUUCAUUCAUUCAUUCAUUCAUUCCUUCUUUCUCAAUAUGUUCAUUCAUUCAUUCAUUUUCUUUCUUUCUUUCUUUCAUUCUUUCUUUCUUUCUCAAUAUGUUCAUUCAUUCAUUCUUUCUCAAUAUGUUUAUUCAUUCAUUCAUUUUCUUUCUUUCUUUCUUUCUUUCUUUCUUUCAUUCAUUCUUUCUUUCUUUUCUCAAUAUGUUCAUUCAUUCAUUCAUUCAUUCAUUCAUUCCUUCUUUUUCUCAAUAUGUUUCAUUCAUUCAUUCAUUUUUUCUUUCUUUUCUUUCUUUCAUUCUUUCUUUCUUUCUCAAUAUGUUCAUUCAUUCAUUCUUUCUCAAUAUGUUUAUUCAUUCAUUCAUUUUUCUUUCUUUUCUUUCUUUUCUUUCUUUCUUUCUUUUCUUUCAUUCUUUCUUUCUUUCUCAAUAUGUUCAUUCAUUCAUUCUUUCUCUCAAUAUGUUCAUUCAUUCAUUCAUUUUUUUCUUUCUUUUUUUCUUUUUUCUUUCAUUCUUUCUUUUCUUUCUCAAUAUGUUUCAUUCAUUCAUUCAUUCAUUCAUUCAUUCAUUCAUUCCUUCUUUCUCAAUAUGUAUCAUUCAUUCAUUCAUUUUCUUUUCUUUCUUUCUUUCAUUCUUUCUUUCUUUCUCAAUAUGUUCAUUCAUUCAUUCUUUUCUCAAUAUGUUCAUUCAUUCAUUCAUUUUCUUUCUUUCUUUCAUUCUUUUUCUUUCUUUCAUUCUUUCUUUUCUUUCUCAAUAUGUUCAUUCAUUCAUUUCUUUUUCUCAAUAUGUUUAUUCAUUCAUUCAUUUUUUCUUUCUUUCUUUUUUUCUUUCUUUCUUUCUUUCUUUUUUCUUUUCUUUCUCAAUAUGUUUCAUUCAUUCAUUCAUUCAUUCAUUCAUUCCUUCUUUCUCAAUAUGUUUCAUUCAUUCAUUCAUUUUCUUUCUUUCUUUCUUUCAUUCUUUUUUUCUUUCUCAAUAUGUUCAUUCAUUCAUUUCUUUCUCAAUAUGUUUAUUCAUUCAUUCAUUUUCUUUCUUUCUUUCUUUUCUUUCUUUUCUUUCUUUCAUUCUUUCUUUUCUUUCUCAAUAUGUUCAUUCAUUCAUUCUUUCUCAAUAUGUUCAUUCAUUCAUUCAUUUUCUUUCUUUUCUUUCUUUCUUUCUUUCUUUCAUUCUUUUCUUUCUUUCUCAAUAUUCAUUCAUUCAUUCAUUCAUUCAUUCAUUCAUUCCUUCUUUCUCAAUAUGUUCAUUCAUUCAUUCAUUUUCUUUCUUUCUUUCUUUCAUUCUUUCUUUCUUUCUCAAUAUGUUCAUUCAUUCAUUCUUUCUCAAUAUGUUUAUUCAUUCAUUCAUUUUCUUUCUUUCUUUCUUUCUUUCUUUCUUUCUUUCUUUCUUUCAUUCUUUCUUUCUUUCUCAAUAUGUUCAUUCAUUCAUUCAUUCAUUCCUUCUUUCUCAAUAUGUUCAUUCAUUCAUUCAUUUUCUUUCUUUCUUUCUUUCAUUCUUUUUUUCUUUCUCAAUAUGUUCAUUCAUUCAUUCUUUCUCAAUAUGUUUAUUCAUUCAUUCAUUUUCUUUCUUUCUUUCUUUCUUUCUUUCUUUCUUUCAUUCUUUCUUUCUUUCUCAAUAUGUUCAUUCAUUCAUUCUUUCUCAAUAUGUUCAUUCAUUCAUUCAUUUUCUUUCUUUCUUUCUUUCUUUCUUUCUUUCAUUCUUUCUUUCUUUCUCAAUAUGUUCAUUCAUUCAUUCAUUCAUUCAUUCAUUCAUUCCUUCUUUCUCAAUAUGUUCAUUCAUUCAUUCAUUUUCUUUCUUUCUUUCUUUCAUUCUUUCUUUUCUUUCUCUCAAUAUGUUCAUUCAUUCAUUCAUUCUUUCUCAAUAUGUUUAUUCAUUCAUUCAUUUUCUUUUUUUUCUUUCUUUUUUCUUUCUUUUUUCUUUUCAUUCUUUCUUUCUUUCUCAAUAUGUUCAUUCAUUCAUUCUUUCUCAAUAUGUUCAUUCAUUCAUUCAUUUUCUUUCUUUUCUUUCUUUUCUUUCUUUCUUUCAUUCUUUUCUUUCUUUUCUCAAUAUGUUCAUUCAUUCAUUCAUUCAUUCAUUCAUUUUCCUUCUUUCUCAAUAUGUUCAUUCAUUCAUUCAUUUUCUUUCUUUCUUUCUUUCAUUCUUUUUUCUUUCUUUCUCAAUAUGUUCAUUCAUUCAUUCUUUCUCAAUAUGUUCAUUCAUUCAUUCAUUUUCUUUUCUUUCUUUCUUUCUUUUCUUUCUUUCUUUUUUUCUUUCUUUCAUUUUCUUUCUCAAUAUGUUCAUUCAUUCAUUCUUUUUUUCUUUCUCAAUCUUUCUUUCAUUCAUUCAUUCUUUUUCAUUCUUUCUUUUCUUUUCUUUCUUUCUUUCAUUCAUUCAUUCAUUUCAUUUCAUUUCUCAAUAUGUUCAUUCAUUCAUUCAUUUUCAUUCAUUCAUUCAUUCUUUCUUUUCUUUCUCAAUAUGUUCAUUCAUUCAUUCAUUUUCUUCAUUUUCAUUCUUUCUUUCUUUCUUUCUUUCUUUCAUUCUUUCUUUCUUUCUCAAUAUGUUCAUUCAUUCAUUCAUUCAUUCAUUCAUUCCUUCUUUCUCAAUAUGUUCAUUCAUUCAUUCAUUUUCUUUCUUUCUUUCUUUCAUUUUCUUCUUUUCUUUCUCAAUAUGUUCAUUCAUUCAUUCUUUUCUCAAUAUGUUCAUUCAUUCAUUCAUUUUCUUUUCUUUCUUUCUUUCUUUUUCUUUCUUUCUUUCAUUCUUUCUUUUUUUUCUCAAUAUGUUCAUUCAUUCAUUUCUUUCUCAAUAUGUUCAUUCAUUCAUUCAUUUUCUUUCUUUCUUUUUCUUUCUUUCUUUCUUUCAUUCUUUCUUUCUUUCUCAAUAUGUUCAUUCAUUCAUUCAUUCAUUCAUUCAUUCAUUCCUUCUUUUCUCAAUAUGUUUCAUUCAUUCAUUCAUUUUCUUUUUUUUCUUUCUUUCAUUUCUUUUUUUUUUUUCUCAAUAUGUUCAUUCAUUCAUUCUUUUCUCAAUAUGUUUAUUCAUUCAUUCAUUUUCUUUCUUUCUUUCUUUCUUUCUUUUCUUUUUCUUUCUUUCAUUCUUUUCUUUCUUUCUCAAUAUGUUCAUUCAUUCAUUCAUUCAUUCAUUCAUUCCUUCUUUCUCAAUAUAUUUCAUUCAUUCAUUCAUUUUCUUUCUUUUCUUUCUUUCAUUCUUUCUUUCUUUCUCAAUAUGUUCAUUCAUUCAUUCUUUUCUCAAUAUGUUUAUUCAUUCAUUCAUUUUCUUUCUUUCUUUCUUUUCUUUUCUUUCUUUCUUUUCUUUCAUUCUUUCUUUCUUUCUCAAUAUGUUCAUUCAUUCAUUCUUUCUCAAUAUGUUCAUUCAUUCAUUCAUUUUUUCUUUCUUUCUUUUCUUUCUUUCUUUCAUUUCUUUCUUUCUUUCUCAAUAUGUUCAUUCAUUCAUUCAUUCAUUCAUUCAUUCCUUCUUUCUCAAUAUGUUCAUUCAUUCAUUCAUUUUCUUUCUUUCUUUCUUUCAUUCUUUCUUUCUUUCUCAAUAUGUUCAUUCAUUCAUUCUUUCUCAAUAUGUUCAUUCAUUCAUUCAUUUUCUUUCUUUCUUUCUUUCAUUCUUUCUUUCUUUCAUUCUUUCUUUCUUUCUCAAUAUGUUCAUUCAUUCAUUCUUUCUCAAUAUGUUUAUUCAUUCAUUCAUUUUCUUUCUUUCUUUCUUUCUUUCUUUCUUUCAUUCUUUCUUUCUUUCUCAAUAUGUUCAUUCAUUCAUUCAUUCAUUCAUUCAUUCAUUCAUUCCUUCUUUCUCAAUAUGUUCAUUCAUUCAUUCAUUUUCUUUCUUUCUUUCUUUCAUUCUUUCUUUCUUUCUCAAUAUGUUCAUUCAUUCAUUCUUUCUCAAUAUGUUUAUUCAUUCAUUCAUUUUUCUUUCUUUCUUUUUUCUUUCUUUUUUUUUCUUUCAUUCUUUCUUUCUUUCUCAAUAUGUUUCAUUCAUUCAUUCUUUUCUCAAUAUGUUCAUUCAUUCAUUCAUUUUCUUUCUUUCUUUCUUUUCUUUCUUUUCUUUCAUUCUUUCUUUCUUUCUCAAUAUGUUCAUUCAUUCAUUCAUUCAUUCAUUCAUUCCUUCCUUCUUUUUCAAUAUGUUCAUUCAUUCAUUCAUUUUCUUUCUUUCUUUCUUUCAUUCUUUCUUUCUUUUUCUCAAUAUGUUCAUUCAUUCAUUCUUUCUCAAUAUUUUUCAUUCAUUCAUUUUUCAUUUUUUUCUUUCUUUCUUUCUUUCUUUCUUUCUUCUUUCUUUCAUUCUUUCUUUCUUUCUCAAUAUGUUCAUUCAUUCAUUCAUUCAUUCCUUCUUUUCUCAAUAUGUUUCAUUCAUUCAUUCAUUUUCUUUCUUUCUUUCUUUCUUUCAUUCUUUCUUUCUUUCUCAAUAUGUUCAUUCAUUCAUUCUUUCUCAAUAUGUUUAUUCAUUCAUUCAUUUUCUUUCUUUCUUUCUUUCUUUCUUUCUUUCUUCUUUUCUUUCUUUCUUUCAAUAUGUUCAUUCAUUCAUUCUUUCUCAAUAUGUUCAUUCAUUCAUUCAUUUUCUUUUUUUCUUUCUUUUCUUUUUUUUCUUUCUUUCUUUCUUUCUUUCAUUCUUUCUUUCUUUCUCAAUAUGUUCAUUCAUUCAUUCAUUCAUUCAUUCAUUCAUUCCUUCUUUCUCAAUAUGUUCAUUCAUUCAUUCAUUUUCUUUCUUUCUUUCUUUCAUUCUUUCUUUCUUUCUCAAUAUGUUCAUUCAUUCAUUCUUUCUCAAUAUGUUUAUUCAUUCAUUCAUUUUCUUUCUUUCUUUCUUUCUUUCUUUCUUUCAUUCUUUCUUUCUUUCUCAAUAUGUUCAUUCAUUCAUUCUUUCUCAAUAUGUUCAUUCAUUCAUUCAUUUUCUUUCUUUCUUUCUUUCUUUCUUUCUUUCAUUCUUUCUUUCUUUCUCAAUAUGUUCAUUCAUUCAUUCAUUCAUUCAUUCAUUCAUUCCUUCUUUCUCAAUAUGUUCAUUCAUUCAUUCAUUUUUUUCUUUCUUUCUUUCUUUCAUUCUUUCUUUUCUUUCUCAAUAUGUUCAUUCAUUCAUUCUUUCUCAAUAUGUUUCAUUCAUUCAUUCAUUUUCUUUCUUUCUUUUUUUUCUUUCUUUCUUUUUCUUUCAUUCUUUCUUUCUUUCUCAAUAUGUUCAUUCAUUCAUUCUUUUUCUCAAUAUGUUCAUUCAUUCAUUCAUUUUUUUCUUUUUUUUCUUUCUUUCUUUUUUUUCAUUCUUUCUUUCUUUCUCAAUAUGUUCAUUCAUUCAUUUCAUUCAUUCAUUCAUUCCUUCUUUCUCAAUAUGUUUCAUUCAUUCAUUCAUUUUCUUUCUUUCUUUCUUUCAUUCUUUCUUUCUUUCUCAAUAUGUUCAUUCAUUCAUUCUUUCUCAAUAUGUUCAUUCAUUCAUUCAUUUUCUUUCUUUCUUUCUUUCUUUCUUUCUUUCUUUCAUUCUUUCUUUCUUUCUCAAUAUGUUCAUUCAUUCAUUCAUUCAUUCAUUCAUUCCUUCUUUCUCAAUAUGUUCAUUCAUUCAUUCAUUUUCUUUCUUUCUUUCUUUCAUUCUUUCUUUCUUUCUCAAUAUGUUCAUUCAUUCAUUCUUUCUCAAUAUGUUCAUUCAUUCAUUCAUUUUUUCUUUCUUUCUUUCUUUUUUCUUUCUUUCUUUCAUUCUUUCUUUUCUUUCUCAAUAUGUUCAUUCAUUCAUUCUUUCUCAAUAUGUUUCAUUCAUUCAUUCAUUUUCUUUCUUUUCUUUCUUUCUUUCUUUCUUUCAUUCUUUUCUUUUUCUCAAUAUGUUCAUUCAUUCAUUCAUUCAUUCAUUCAUUCAUUCCUUCUUUCUCAAUAUGUUCAUUCAUUCAUUCAUUUUCUUUCUUUCUUUCUUUCAUUCUUUCUUUCUUUCUCAAUAUGUUCAUUCAUUCAUUCUUUCUCAAUAUGUUCAUUCAUUCAUUCAUUUUCUUUCUUUCUUUCUUUCUUUCUUUCUUUCAUUCUUUCUUUCUUUCUCAAUAUGUUCAUUCAUUCAUUCAUUCAUUCAUUCAUUCAUUCCUUCUUUCUCAAUAUGUUCAUUCAUUCAUUCAUUUUCUUUCUUUCUUUCUAUCUCAGUAUGUUCUUUCUUUCUUUCUCAGCAUGUACAUAUCUAUCUAUCUAUCUAUCUAUCUAUCUAUCUAUCUAUCUAUCUAUCUAUCUAUCUAUCUCAUUCUUGA